UGGGCACAGUGACUGGGGGGGGCACUGGGUCAUACUGGGCCAUACUGGGAGGUGCUGGACCAUACUGGGAGGCUCUGGGAACAGAGACUGGGGGCACUGGGUCAUACUGGGCCAUACUGGGAGCACUGGGAACAGAGACUGGGGGGGGAUACUGGGCCAUAUUGGGAGCACUGGGCCAUACUGGGAGGCACUGGGAACAGAAAGUGAGGAUGCACCGGAAGUACUGCAUGAGAAACCGGAAGCGGAAGUGAUCGACGGAAGAGGGGCGGCUUCUACUCUUCGUCCAAUGGGAGCGGCCGAUCCGAAAGUUCCGGACGGCGAUUGGCGGAGAGGAGGAAAAAGGGGGCGGGGCCGGAGAGCGGCGGGAGCGGACGGCGGAGGAGACGGAGAUGAGCGGGGAGCGGGAAGUGAGGCAGCUCCAGAAGGCCAAGGAGAAAUCCCAGCAACGCGGCGCCGAUGCGGCAGAGCUGGCGGCCAUUUGCAACCAGCUGGGAGAGAUCCUGGCCAGCCACGGGAGGUAUGAGGAGGCUUUGGCUGAGCACCGGGAGGAGCUGAGGUUGCUGGAGGAGGUGGGGGAUGGAAUCGGUUGCGCCGUGGCACACCGAAAGAUCGGCGAGCGUUUGGCUGAGAUGGAGCUCUACGAGGCUGCUCUGGAGCACCAGCACCGUCACCUGGACCUGGCCCGAGCCCUGGGUGACGACACGGAGCAGCAGAGGGCCUGGGCCACCAUCGGACGGACCCACAUGUUUGCUGCCGACAGCCGCGCCGGUGCCGAGGCCGAGGAGGAGCUGAGGGAGGCGGAGCGGGCCUUCGGAACCAGCCUGCAAAUCCUGGACCAGCGCCUGGAGGGUCAGGGCUGCCCGUCCCCUCCGUGUGUCCCCGUGUCCCCUAUGUGUCCCCGUAUCCCCUCUGUGUGUCCCCAUGUCCCCUCCAUGUGUCCCCGUGUCACUUAC